GGAACACGUGCACGUGGUUCAAACGUCGGUCAUAAUCCAACACUUCGCCCGUCAUGCGUCCCACUGCUGCACGUCUAGAUGGAAUGCCCGGACCUAAAACAUUUUGCCCUUGGUGGGGUGACACCAGCAUACAUAAACAGCGAGGAGUGGUUGUUUAUACCGUCUCGCCAUUCAGGCAACGAGGCUCCAAAGCCAUAUUCAAAGGCUGGUUAUUCAACGGCUACAGGCGUCUCGCUGCCCAAGUUCCCUACUGGAUAGUCCCUUUUGCUAUCGGAUACGGAACGUAUACUUGGGCUAAACGCCGUGACGCUUGGCAGAACAGCAAGGCUGGACAUCUUGCGCUGGGUGGCCAUCAUUGAGGUAUCUUGUUAGAUUCGCAGUUCCGAAAUAGACUUGGUUUCCUUUCAAGGAUGUUUUUUUGCCCACGUUCUCCAAUAAUUGCUCGGAUGCUUGUGAAAACUGGAAUAUUCAUUCCCGUCAUGAGUUACCUGAACUCUAGCUCUGGGCUCCCACCCAUAACUCAAUGGUACCAUACCCGUUAACAGUGGCCUAAUAUUGAAGUGAAUGCAUGCUUGAUUAUGCAAAGCCAACGUCAUCCUAAGGUGUAAGCUGACUGGAUGAAUA